CUAGCAACAACUAAAAUGGCGGCCUCGGAGACAGUUGACCCGAGCCUCGCGCAAGGUGCGCAAGUACCGCUACAAACAUUCACUAUCCCGCAGUUUCCGCCGGAAGCGCAAGAGCUCAAGGCUCUUACGUUGACCUCCGAUAUCAAGCUUGACGAAUACACCUCCCAGCUUGAGACAUUCACACCAAUACCGCCUCUCCCAAAAGGCAUUCAAAGCCUUUCAUUGGAGCUCUUCUCGCUUGGUUACCCGCCUGGUUUCCUCUCGGCGCUAUCGGAUGCCUUGCCAAAUAUCAAGAGUUUCGACGCCUACAGUCAAUUGUUAUGCGGUAUCUCUCCGGAAUCACAGGCAGAUGCUUUGUCCUUCUUCGAAAAGUCUCGCAACUUGCGAGCCAUACAACUGCUGGAUGUUUUUGCCCGACCGGGGUUCUUUGCUGCGGUUGGGGAGAAAUUAUCUGAAAGUGGAAGAGAAAAGAGCUUGAUGUUUUUGCAACUCAACUACACUUAUCGGCAUGAGGACCCGGAAUUCCUCAGUCGCAUUGCCUGCACAGAACUACCAAUGUUCAUUCUACCGAGCCUAGUAAUGUGCUCUUUCAACAUCGCUGCUCCUGACACAACCAAUGAUCCGGAGGACCCUUCCAACUUGACCGCUGAUGGCGAAGAGACAAAGAGAAAGGCUGAAGGCGUGAUGAUGUUCGAUGCCAGCUCAAGCAACGUCUUGGUGAGAGCAUUGUUGAAUGAUGAAACUGCACCUGUAGGGCUUAAGGUCUUGAACACUACGCUUUACACGCUAAGUUUGGGGGAUCUGAAAGAAGUACUAGGAAAACAUCGAGGGCUAUUAGUGAUCAAUGUUACUGUGGAAAUAGAACCUGAUGAGCGUUGCAAGGAAGAGAUGAUGGAGGCACUCGCGCAAUGCCCAGAGGUGGAACAUGUCGAGCUAGUGGGUAGUCCAACUCUGGAUUUUUCCAAGGCUACAAAAGAAGCCAGGCGCACAGCUUUUCCGUCAGCAGACGACAUGCAACAAUUCUCUCAAAGCUGUCCAAGCCUUCAGAGCUUCACCGCUAGUGUCUUGCGAACAACUGCCAUGGGCCAAGUCAAAUGGCUCAAGGAGAGCGAUGUAUGGCAUGGAGACCUAACUAUUUGCUAGUGAUCAAAUUUCACGACAGAACGAAGACAAGAGUAGAUAUGAUCAAUUAUUUUAAUAUAAAG